AUGUUGCAAGCCGAUCAACCGGUUCAACACAGGUAUAGAUCCAAGCAAGGAGCCUCAUCUCAACUAGCCAAAGAAACUCCAGCAGUUGAGAUUCUUCACACGACGAAGCACGGAAGCAACAGAGAAAUCGCGGAAGCAGAGGAGGCAACACAGAAAAAAGAAACAAAGGAGGUAACGCAGAAGGUAAGGAAUCAGCACGAAGACCCAGAAGCAGAGGAAGGAAGCGACAUAGAAAGCACAGAACCGGAAGAAGCAACAGAGAAAGCACGGAAGCAAAAAGGUAACACAGAAAGUAAGAAAGAAAAGGAGGCGCGCAAGAAGGUAAGGAAUCAGCACGAAACCCAGAAGCAGAGAAGGAAGCAACAUGAAAACACAGAACCGGAAGAAGCAACAGAGAAAGCACGGAAGCAAAAGGGCAACACAGAAAGCAAGACAAGCAAAGGAGGUAAACACAGAAAGCAAGAAAACAAAGGAGGUAACACAGAAGGAGGCAACACAGAAGGUAAUGAAUCAGCACGAAGACCCAGAAGCAGAGAAGGAAACAACAUAGAAAGCACAGAACCGGAAGAAGCACAGAGAACACGGAGCACAGGCACAAGAGGAAACACAGAAAGCAAGAAAACAAAGGAGGCAACACAGAAGGUAAUGAAUCAGCACGAAGACCCAGAAGCAGAAGAAGGAAGCAACAUAGAAACACAGAACCGGAGAAGCAACAGAGAAAGCACGGAAGCAAAAAGAGCAACACAGAAAAGCAAGAAAACAAAGGAGGAAGCAGAAGGAAGGAAUCAGCACGAAGACCCAAGCAGAAGAAGGAAGCAACAUAGAAAAACAGAACCGGAAGAAGCAACAGAGAAAGCACGGAAGCAAAAGAGGUAA